CGCCACUAAAGAAAUAAAAAAUAGCACAGGAUUGAAAAAGUAGUCGAGUUAUAAGAUCGGGGGUCAGAUUGGAUAGAAUUGAAAGGCUUGAUAUUGUUGGAUGAUCGAUUAAGGAUGCAACAAUCGAGUCCUGUAUCGAUACUUUCAAAUGCAACGCAGACGAGAGUGAAUAUGACGAACCAGCAAGAUGGACAGAUGGGCGAAGAAACGAAUAUAGAAGACAUGAAACCGAAUUCACCUUCGCUUCCUAGCUGGGUUCACGAAAAAACAAAAGCGGGCAAGGAACGAAAACGGUUACCUCUUGCUUGCCAGACAUGUAGAAAAAAGAAGAUAAAAUGCUCAGGAGAGCGUCCAUCCUGUGAUCAAUGCUCGAAGCAUAGUAUACCUUGCGUUUAUAAGUCUAAUCCCCGCCGAUCCCAUUCAAGGCAUGAAGAGAUUCACCAUCAUCAACAAAUACACCUUCAGCAACAACAGAAUCGUGCUGCGGCAGCGGCUGCUGCCGCAGCAAAUUCAUCUGGCUCUCAUCCACAAGAGCCUUUAUCUGAACAGACGCCGUUAACUCAAGUUGGUAGCCCUCGUGAUUCGGCGCCUCCAUCAUCAUCUUCUUCUGUAAAUUUGAACUUAUCAAAACAGUCUAGCUCUUCGUCUCUGAAUGCUCCUUCUUCAUAUUCUUACAUGAUGAAUUCUCGCGUUCCUGUUGGUAAUCCGCAGGUAUCAAUGAUGUCUGCUUCGCUUUCUAAAAAUCUCGUUCUUGACCGCAAUGAUUCGAAUUCUGCUUCUCCUGAAUCAACUUCUAAUCCAACUUCUAGUAACAAUAUUUAUCCUUCCGAAGUCAUGUAUGUCCCUUCCACCGCCAAUCCUUCUAUCCCGAAAAACCAAAGUUUCUCCGCAGGUGUGCCUAUUGCAGACGUCGCUUCCGUUUUGCCUAUGGUAUCCGCUAAUACUUCCAAUCCAACCCCUGCUGCUGUUGCCGCUCCUACUCCGCUAAGUCCUGCCGUUCAAUACCAACCACAGCAAGCAACGACAGUCCCUGUCACUCCCGCAGCUACAUCAAUUCCUCCUCCGGAUCCUUUACCGUAUGUUCCUUCUCACCCUACUGCCGCUGACAACUCGAUUUUUCCUUCCAGUACGAUCCCGCCGCUUUCCUCGAGUGAGUACCCUCUUUAUUCUACUUAUGGAGGUUAUUCUCCAAAACCUCAAUUUCCCUUCUUUGAAAAUAAAGCAGGUAAUUCAUUUGCUUCUUCUACGUAUCCAGAUAUGUCUAACAUUGCUACGCAACCUGUUAUUACAACUAACAAUUACUCUCUUAACACGAACUCCCUUAAUGAAAAGGAUGAGAAUGAGCGAGAAGCCGCUCUCAUUAACGCUAAAAUUCCUGAACCAUUGACUAGCCUUACCAUGCCAUCUACUCCAGUGACAGAAUUGCCCCCUUUGGAAUUACGAAUUCAUUUAGCUGAGGUAUUUUUUCAUUGUUGCCAUGGUCAGGCUUAUAACUUAUUUCAUCGUCCCACGUUUUUUGAAUCUCUUAAUAGUAAUACAAUUCCUUUGGUUCUGGUUUAUGCUAUCUGUGCCGUUUCCGCACGCUUUUCUUCUCGUAUGCAUGAUCAGUAUUCUCCUCCUUAUAUGGCUGGUGAACAAUUUGCAAGAGAGGCUCGUAGACUGGCGUUAGAUAAUUUUGAUAGGCCGGAUCUGUCAUUAGUUGCUGCCCUCCUAUUAUUGUCGUUGCAUGACUCGGGAACUGGGGAAAAUGGUAAAAGUUGGAUGUAUGGUGGUAUGGCUCUUCGUAUGGCCGCUGCGUUACAGCUAAAUUGCGAACAAGGAAGCAAUCCAUUGGAUCUUGAUAAUAUUGACUCUGGUCCUCGGAUUUCUUUCCUUGAACGUGAACUUAGACGUCGAACCUUUUGGUCCUGUUUUCUGAUGGAUAGAUGUGUUUCUUCUCAUGAACACUUGCAAUUUUUGGACGAAAACGAUAUUGGGAUACAACUCCCUGUACAUGAGUUAUUGUUCACCAAACAAAUCGCUGGAGUUACCCAGACUUUGGACGGAAGAAUAUUAGAAGGUGUUCCUAGCAUAGUAAUUCCCUCAGAUACCACGGAAAACAUGGGUGUUGCAGCAUACAUUGUGAAGAUAAUAGCAAUUUGGGGAAGAGCUGUGAAGUAUUUUAAGCACGAUGGCAAACGAAGGGAUUCUCAUCCGUAUUGGCAUAGAAAUUCUGAUUUUACCCAAAUUAGUGAGACUCUUUAUCAAUGGGCUGAUGGGCUUCCUCAAAGAUUGAGAUACUCAGUGGUAGGUUUGGAAAAUCAUCUAUCUAUACAGCAAGGUGCUCAGUAUGCGUUCCUUCAUUUAGCUUAUCAUUACACGUUAAUGUGGCUUUUCCGUUCCGUUGGUGAGUCUGAAAAUAAUCAGUUGUCAAGAACGUCAAGUACGGUAUCGUUGACAGGAAAUACAAUUUCUUUUUCAUCUGUGUGGCAUAACUCUCAUGACUCUCAUCAUAAUGAGUUUCAAGCUGAACAGAAGCCAGAAAACCACGUCAAUAGUGCUGCACGGCGGUUACAUAAAGCUGCACGUGAAAUGUGCCUACGGUGUGCUAAUGCAAUAUCAAUGAUUGUCGAUGAUUGCAGAAAGCAUAAUGUAAUAUUAACUUCCCCGUUUAUAGCUUCAGGUGUUUAUACAGCUUUUUGCAUUCAAACUGAAGCAGCUUUUGGCUCAAAUGUUCUGGCUGCAUCCACUGCUAGGCAUAAUUUGGAAAUAGAUUUAAGAUUAAUGUUGGAAAUGAAAAAUUACUGGGGCUCUAUUGGUGCAUUGUGCGAAAGGAUGUCUGAAAUUUGGGCGGACUGGGUACAGCGUACAUCUUCCGGUUCUGCUGUUAAUGACACAAUUGCAAAUGAGCCUAUUGAUGAAGAAAAAAUGUUGGAUUUGGAAAAGCAUUUUAUGUAUAUAGCUGAAUCUCCAAUUAUUGCCAAUCAUAGCGUUCAAGAAACUUAUUCUUCAGAUUUGAUGUCUCACUUUGGAUUGUCGAAGAAUGCGGAUUGGCAUCAAUGGAAUGGUCUAUGGCCUUCGGAUGAUUUACGAAAUUACCAAGAAUCAACUAUUGAUAGUCUGGUAGGAUAUGCUACCGGAAACCCUGGUUGGAAUGUCUCUUUUGCUGGUUAAGAAAGAUGUUUUGCUUUCUAUUAUGUUACCUCUAAUAUUACUACCUUGAAUAAAGGGACGCUUCAACUUUUGGUGAUCCGUUGUCCUUCUUGAGAAAACUGCAUACAUUAUAAGGAUAGAGUAAAAAAAAAAAAAAAAUUCCUAACAACUUAUACGCUCUUUAAGUUUUGACUUAACGAUAUUUUGAUAUAUGGUAAGUCUAUUUGUUUUUUGACUUUUGUUAUUAUUGUUUGGUUGACAUUAUGGUUUUGUAUGCCUUGACUAUUUAAUAUGUACAUAAUCCUAGGUUUGGGUAGUGAAAAGGACAGUGA